ACUUUGUUGGAUCUGACUUUUGUUCCUCUUGUCACAACAUACCUCAAAUUUUUCGACGGUCAUUCAGCCCUUGGUUUUCUCCAUUUUUAGUGGUAAAACAUACAAAAUCUUAAAUAAUCAAUAUGUCUUUAGAACAAAAAACCCCUGGACAGAUUCAACGUGAAGAGGAAGAAAACAGAAAGAAAAUGAAACGUCUGGCGAAGGGAGGUGGUGUUGAAGGACGUUUGCCAAUGAAAAGACUAUUUCGUCAAAGAGCUCAUGCAAAUGUUUUGUCUGAUCAUGAAUUGGAAUAUCCUAGAAGUCCUGCCGAAAUGGAUUGGACACCGUUUUAUCCAGAUUUCUCAGAAAACUCUGGCAAGAAGGUUGAAAUUGUGGAUAUUGGCUGUGGUUAUGGCGGUCUUACCGUAGCUCUUGGACCUCAUUUCCCAGACUCUUUAGUUUUGGGAAUGGAAAUUCGAAUGCAGGUUACCGAUUACUUGAAGGAAAAGAUUCAAGCUAUUCGUUAUCGAGCAGAGCAUGAGGAGCCUGUUACUGGAGGUUAUAAGAAUAUCUCUGUUUUAAGAAUGAACUGUCAAAAGUUUUUGCCAAAUUUCUUUGAAAAAGGACAGCUCACAAAAAUGUUUUUCUGCUUUCCAGAUCCUCACUUCAAAGCUCGUAAGCAUAAGAACCGUAUUGUUACCGGUACCUUGGCUUCAGAAUAUGCUUAUUUUAUUCAGCCUCAUGGAAGACUUUACACGAUUACGGACGUAGAAGAACUCCAUCUUUGGAUGGCAGAAACCCUCGACAAGCAUCCUCUCUUCCGUCGACUUUCCAGAGAUGAAGAGGCUAAAGACAUUUGUGUUGCUCUUAUGACAAACGAGACAGAAGAAGGAAAGAAGGUCGCUAGAAAUGGUGGAAAGAAAUUUACUGCUUGCUAUGAGCGAUUACCAGACCCCGCGAAGUAAGCAUAUAUAAAAGAAAGAAAAAGAACGCGAGGCAGGAAAAGAGAACAAGCAAGACAACUUUUGGAGUCAAUGUACACCAUAUGCAUCUAUGCAUAGCUAAUUAUGUUUUAUGUGGGUUUAAGGAUUGAUAAAAGGUAUAUAAUUCAUACAUUUUAUUUCACCAUAACUUUUUGUUCCCGUUCUCCUAGAGAGAC